GCUACAACAUGAACCUACAGUGCAAACAGCAAAGCCAGCAGGAGCCCCGCUGCUGAGCGCGCGUCCUUGCGGGCUCCCGGGCAAAGUUCUAGAACACCCCGGACUCUUCCCUCCCGCCCACUCGCGCAGGCGCAGCCUGGACGGGGCGGGAAUGGAUCGAAUGUUCGCGAACGAGUGCGGAAGGAGCCGAGAGCUUCCGGAAAGCGGCGAGGCUGUGCCGGCGGUCGCGGGUUUGCCGGGUGCUCAUCAACCUGGGACGGUGCUGCGGCGAUGUCCGUCUUGUGUUACAACAAAAGCUGCGGUCAGCGUUUCGACCCCGACAAGAACAGCGAUGAUGCUUGUACAUACCAUCCUGGGGUACCUGUGUUUCAUGAUGCAUUGAAGGGAUGGUCUUGCUGUAAGCGACGAACCACAGAUUUUUCAGAUUUCUUGAGUAUUGUGGGUUGCACCAAAGGACGGCACAGUAAUGUAAAGCCCCCAGAGCCAGUCAAGCCUGAAGUGAAGACCUCUUCAGAAUCAGGGCCAGCACACAAACUGAAUGAGAUCCCCACCCAAAACCGAAAACCAGUUGAAGCAAUUAUCAGACCAAGUCCAGAUGCCCCUAUGGUAAAAUUGGAACAAAAGGUUUCUCCAGCAUUGAAGAAAGCACUGGAAAAACUAGUGUUAACGGUUGACAAUGGACUAGAAAAUAAAGGACCAGAUACUAAAGAAAUAAAGAUUGGAACCACAUGUAAAAAUGCAGGUUGUAAUAAGACUUUUCUAGAUACAAGCAGCAAUGAAGAGAUAUGUGUUCAUCACUCUGGAGUGCCCAUUUUCCAUGAAGGAAUGAAAUACUGGAGCUGUUGUAAGAGAAAAACUUCAGAUUUCAAUUCUUUCCUGGCCCAGGCAGGGUGUACUCAAAGCAAGCAUGUGUGGGUCAAAGCAGAAACGGGCAAUAAAAUUGUACCUUGCCGACAUGAUUGGCACCAGACUGGAGGACAAGUCACAAUUACAAUUUAUGCCAAAAACUCCAUCCCAGAACAGAGUUAUGUUGAAGCUAACAGCACAGUGCUGAAUAUCCACAUUUUAUUUGAAAAGGAUCAGAAAUUUGAACAGAAAUUGAAUUUGUGGAAUAUCAUUGAUGUUAGUAAGAGUCAAAUGAGUAUGACACCUGCAAAGAUUGAAAUUACUAUGAAGAAAGCAGAACCUGUAUUAUGGGCUCGUCUUGAACUACCUCCACCUGAGCCUCAGAAGGAAGCAGAGCCGCAGGAAUCAAGUGAUGAAGAUUGAAUGAAACAGAUCAAUAUAGGAAUGUGAAGUGGGGCCAUGGAUGAUAAGGAGGAGAGAACACUUAUUGUUGAAAUCGGUUUAUUAUGAUACACUUGCAUUCUGUUCCAAUUUGGAAAUACAAAUUUUUCAUUGAUUGCUUGCUUUAUUUUUGGGUGCACACUGUGGAGAGAGACUUAUGAACAUUAUAUUACAUCUUGCUGUAGUUUUAAACUGCAAAGACUUGCAUUAUGUAAUUCCAUUAUGCAGCACAUAACAUGCCCAAAGCUAUACUAGCAUCCUUAAUGACUGAAAUUAAAUAUUAUGGAAAGUAAUCUUUAAUGCUCAUCUUUCAGAAUACGUUUUACAUAGCCUUGAUUAAAUCACAUUUAUUCCUACUGAAAUUAAAUAAUCCACUGAAUUUUUUCUAGUUUUUUUUCCAAGUUUAAUUCCUCAGGUGUAAAAAUAUUAGUUUUCUUUGGAGAGAUAAGAGAAAGGGUUGGCAUAGAAGAUAACUUCAUGCAACUAAAAGUGUGGAUUUAAAAACAAUUCUGGAAAAACUCAGGCAGCAUGGAAAGAGAAACAGAUGACAUUUGAGAUCCAGGCCCCUUCAUCAGACAGAGCGCAACAAGUUAGUCAGAUGGAACAAAGGGAAUUUUUCUAAGGUGAAAUAAUUGGGUGGUUAAGAUUAACCUUGUGUAAUUUGUUGCUAUGCUUGUAUGGUUUGACUUUACAAACAAUGACAAACAAAAAUGGCCAGUUCUCAUUCAAACAGAGCAGUUAUCUAAAAUUGGUGAGCUGAGUCCUGCAGGCUGCAAUGUGACCAAAUGGAAGAUGAAGUGUUGAUUACUGAGCUUGAGCUUGGCUGCGACCUCUUGUAGUAAGAAGACGCCCAAAGUCAGUGGGAAUGGGGAAGUGAAGUAAAGUAGCAGGCAACUGGAAGUUCAGGGUCACCCCCUGUGGACUGAGCAUAGGCAAAGCAAUCACCAAAUCUGAAAGAAACAGGGAAAAUAUGCAAGCAAAUUCAGAGGUAAAAAAUAAUAAUUAUCAGGAUUUCAACUCCAAUGUUAAUUAGACUUGUUGGUCUGAAUAGCCUGUAUAUAUGCUUGGUAAUCCUAAGUUUUUGCAAUGGAUAAAAUGUUGAAGUUCAAGUUAUUGAUUCUCUUGAUUCCAUCCAACAUGACUAUAAUAUCACAGACCAUGGCACAGAUUGUGAAGCAAUGUUUUUAAUUGAUAGUACUGUUUUAAGUAACUGUAACUAGCAUGUUGGUUCCUGGUGGUAAUUGCCAAUAUACCAAUUCUUUGAUCCCUAAUUUGUAUUGAGAAUCUAGUCUUACCCACAAUUGCAUCUAAAGUGCUACUGUCCAAGUUAUUGAGGGAAGGGUAGGAAAAGUUUAGCACCGUCAGGUCUUAUUCAACCGCAACAUAAUAAAUUUUUCAAUGUUUUUCUCUUA